GGCUCGUGGAAGGGGCGGAGCCGGGAUCUCACCCGGUCUUAGAGGAGACGGAAGCUCCGACUGAGUACGGGGCGGACGAUACUUACUGCUGACCCCGUGCUACUUGGGCGGCGGCUCCGGAUCCCGGAGGUCCAGUGGGCAGCUCCCCAGAUGUGGAGAUCGGUGCUUGGAGAAGGAAGACAGCUGCCCAAGGGCGCCACAGCAGGUCGGUGGGUGAGCCAGGGCUAGAACCCACACCUGCAGGCACAGCUGCCACCUGUCUGUGAAGGUGCUCCGAGGGCAACACACUGUAAGCCUGGGGAGACCUUUGCCCUCCACUCCUGGUCUGCCCCUUCCGUGCUUGGGGUCCUGGGGAUCGGGCCGCAGAACCUCCCCACUGAGGGAGGUGACCCCAGCCUUGGUACCAGCACCUCCUUCAUUUGCCAGCACCAGCCAUGAACUACGUGGGGCAGCUGGCAGGGACAGUGUUGGGGACGAUGAAGGACAUAUACCGAGGCCUGAACCCGGCCACGCUGAGCGGUGGCAUUGACGUCCUGGUGGUGGAGCAGGCGGACGGCUCCUUCCGAUGCUCGCCCUUCCACGUGCGCUUUGGCAAGCUGGGCGUCCUGCGGUCUCGGGAGAAGGUGGUAGACAUCGAGAUCAACGGGGAGCCUGUGGACUUGCACAUGAAGCUGGGGGACAGUGGGGAGGCCUUCUUCGUUCAGGAGCUGGAGAGUGAUGAUGAACACGUGCCUCCCCGUCUGUGCACAUCACCCAUCCCUGGCGGGGACCUGUCCGGGUUCCCCUCAGACUCCCAGCUGAGCACAGCCAGUGAGCCCGAGGCCCUCGCUGAGGGGGUGUCCUCCACGGGGCGGAAGAAGAGGCUUCGCAGGAGGAAACCCAGACGGAAAGAGGACGCAGUCGCAGCCAGUUCUAGUUCGGAGGAGCUGGAGACUGGCGCUGAGAGUGAGCUGUCCCUGCUGGAAAAGCCAAGGCCAGAGCCCUCAGGGUGUGUGUGGACCAGCCCCCUCAGCAGUGUCCAGUCAGAAGGGGAGUCCUCACCGCAAGCCAGAGACUUCUACCCCUACUCUGAUGGCGAGUGGGGUCCCCAGGCCAGCCUCCCGCCGGGUGGGUGCACGUCCCCCAAGAGUGACUCGGAGCUGGAGCUGCGGACCCCUGAGCCCGUCCCCCCACGAGCUGAGUCCCACAUACAGUGGGCCUGGGGGAGGCUGCCGAAGGUGGCCAAAGCAGAGUGGCCUGAGUCCUUGAAGGUCGCUGAUGGCAGGGCCGGGCCAGCCUCUCCUCUUCAGGAAGAGCCCAGCGCCCCCUCCGCGUCUGUGGCCGGUGCGGACCCUUCGGGAACCCUGAUCCUGCAAGCAGGGGCUGGUGUCGACCUUCCUCCUACAGACGUGGACCCUCCUGCUCUGGUGGGCUCCCCUCUUCCCACUCCUGGGAGAAAGCAGACCAAGCCUCAGAGCCGCAGGGAGGCAAGCCUGCCCCCUCCCUCGAAAUCCCGGAGCUGGGCCACCCUGGAGGGCCCAGUUGCCGCCAGGCAGCCCGAGGGGAGCUCUGGGGGCAAAGGCCCCCUGAAGAGAAGCCAGCACCUGGGCCCCAGUGACAUCUAUCUGGACGACUUGCCCUCUCUGGAUUCUGAGAAUGCAGCCCUUUACUUCCCCCGCAGUGACUGUGGACUGGGGCCCAGGAGGUGGAGUGAACCCAACAGCCAGAAGCCCCUGGGCGACCCCAGCCCCGAACGGGAGCCAGAACCCACUCCGGACGUGGUGGCUAUGAUCGCGGUCUCCCUCUGUGGCGGGCUGGCUGACGGCCGGGACAUCUCCCUGGAGAAGUUCAACCAGCACAUCGUCUCCUAUCAGGACCUCGUCCAAAACCCUGGCCUCCUUGAGCACCCAAACCUGGUGGUGAAAAUCAAUGAGAAGCAUUAUAACUGGGCUGUGGCCGCCCCUAUGAUCCUCUCCCUGCAAGCCUUCCAGAGGAACUUGCCCAAGAGCACCGUGGACAAGCUGGAGAAGGAGAAGAUGCCCCGGAAGGGUGGGCGGUGGUGGUUUUCCUGGCGACGCCGGGACUUCCCAGCCGAGGAGCGCAGUGCCCAGACGGAGAAAACCACGGCCAGGGAGCAGCAGGGGGGGAAGACUGAUGUCCUGAGUAGUGAGGAUGAAGCCCCGGAGAGCCCUGUGAUCCUGGAGGCCCCCUCUCUGCCGCCCUCGCCUCCCGCCUACACUCCCACCUACAAGAAGUCCCUCCGGCUCUCCUCCAAUCAGAUCCGGCGCCUGAACUUGCAAGAAGGUGCCAAUGACGUGGUCUUCAGUGUGACCACCCAGUACCAGGGCACCUGCCGGUGCAGGGCCACCAUCUAUCUGUGGAAGUGGGACGACAAGGUGGUCAUCUCGGACAUCGACGGGACCAUCACCAAGUCGGAUGCUCUGGGCCACAUUCUGCCCCAGCUGGGGAAAGACUGGACACACCAGGGCAUCACCAGUCUCUACCACAAAAUCCACCUAAACGGGUACAAGUUCCUGUACUGCUCGGCACGGGCCAUCGGCAUGGCUGACCUCACCAAGGCCUACCUGCGGUGGGUGAGCGAGCGGGGUUGCGGCCUCCCCAAGGGCCCCAUCCUGCUGUCUCCCAGCAGCCUCUUCUCUGCCCUCCACAGGGAGGUGAUUGAGAAGAAACCAGAGGUGUUCAAAAUUGCCUGCCUGAGUGACAUCCGGCAGCUGUUCCUGCCCAACGAACAGCCCUUCUAUGCUGCCUUUGGGAACAGGCCCAACGAUGUCACUGCCUACCGGCAGGUGGGACUCCCUGAAUCUCGCAUCUUCACAGUCAACCCCCGGGGAGAGCUCAUCCAGGAGCUCAUGAAGAACCACAAAUCCACGUAUGAGCGGCUGGGCGAGGUGGUUGAGCUCCUCUUCCCACCUGUGGCCCGUGGCCCCAGCACAGACCUGGCCCAUCCUGAAUACAGCAGCUUCUGCUACUGGCGGGAGCCCCUGAUGACUGUGGACCUCGAUGCCCUGCCCUGAACCGGCCCCCGCGGCCCCCUCCUCCCUGGCCAGGCCCAGAACUGACUGGGAGUCCCGGGGAGUGGGAAGUUGGAAGCUGGCUGCCACAGGGCCGGUCCCCUGAAGGGCGGGGGAGGGGCUGAGGGCUUGUUGGCAGACACAGAGGCCCUCUCUCCUUGAUGUCCUAUCUCCUGCCUUCCCCAGCUGAUCUGUGGGAGGCAGGCCGGCUGCUCCAGGCUCUUAACUGCCCUGUGGCAAUUAAAUGAUGGUGACCUG